AUGAAUUCCUUUCUCUCUGCUUUGUACAUUCUGAUUCUUACAAAAGCCAAAAAGACAUUCAUUAUACAAAAAGACAUUCAUUAUACAAAAGCUUUUCUGCUUCUCUUACAGUAUUUUCUUCUGUUAUUCUCUCAGUACAGUAUUCUCUUCCGUCAUUCUCUCAGUACAGUAUUCUCUUCCGUCAUUCUCUCAGUACAGUAUUCUCUUCCGUCAUUCUCUCAGUACAGUAUUCUCUUCUGUUAUUCUCUCAGUACAGUAUUCUCUUCCGUCAUUCUCUCAGUACAGUAUUCUCUUCCGUCAUUCUCUCAGUACAGUAUUCUCUUCUGUUAUUCUCUCAGUACAGUAUUCUCUUCUGUUAUUCUCUCAGUACAGUAUUCUCUUCUGUUAUUCUCUCAGUACAGUAUUCUCUUCUGUUAUUCUCUCAGUACAGUAUUCUCUUCUGUUAUUCUCUCAGUACAGUAUUCUCUUCCGUCAUUCUCUCAGUACAGUAUUCUCUUCCGUUAUUCUCUCAGUACAGUAUUCACUCUGUUAUUCUCUCAUAAAGUACUUUUGUCUAUUAUUAUCUCAGUACAGCAUUUUCUUAUGUUAUUCUCUCGGCAGAGACUUGAACUGAUGCGUGAGAUGUACCACAAUGAGGCAGAGCUCUCUCCCACCUCACCUGAACCCAGCAUUGACAAUAUGACCGGCGGGGACCCAUUCUAUGACCGAUUCCCUUGGUUCCGUUUGGUCGGCAGAUCAUUUGUCUACCUGAGUAAUUUACUCUACCCAGUUCCCCUUGUGCACCGAGUAGCUAUCGUGAACGAGAAAGGUGAUGUGAAGGGCUACCUGAGGGUAGCUGUACAGGCUGUGACUGAAAAAGAUGAUGCUGUUGACUAUGCCCCAGGUAUAAAGCAAUCAGGAAAUGCCAGAAUCUCGUUUGAUGAUGAAAAUUAUUUCCGAAAGCUGUGUACUCCCAAAUAUUCCCAGGAUGCCAGCAUUUUGAAGAAGGUCGGAGAAGUUCCAAUACUCGAGGAAGAACGUGUCAUUGAGGGUGAGGGUACAAACCCAGAUGCGAAUGGGAUGUUGGAAGAGAGAAAGUGUUCUGUUGAUAAAACAUGGGAAGGCCAAGACCAUUUCCCUGACAUUGUAGAAAAGGAUCUCCCUGAUCACCUCAAGAUUGGAUCAGUGUUUCAGUUCCGUGUUACUGUGCUGCAGGCCUCUGGUAUUUCACCAGAAUAUGCAGACAUAUUCUGUCAGUUCAACUUCCUUCACAGACAUGAUGAAGCCUUCUCCACAGAGCCAUUGAAGAACACUGGAAAAGGACCUCCUCUUGGCUUUUACCACGUACAGAAUUUCACAGUAACAGUAACCAAGUCAUUUAUUGACUACAUCAAGAACCAACACCUGGUAUUUGAAGUAUUUGGUCACUACCAACAACACCCGUUGCAUGACCAAGCAAAGGAAGCACCUUUGUUUAAUCCCAUUCCUUUCUACUCCAACUUGCGGCCCCCACCUCGACGCAGCUUCCCAAUGUCUCUGCCUGUGUCCAAACCAGUUCCCUCACCAAAAUUCGGUGUUAUUACACCACCGAGUUCUGUUUCGGAAAUAAAACUUCCUCAGAAUUCACUUGUUAUGAACAUAAACAAAGCAGUAGGAAUUUGCUCUUCUCCUGUCCAUGCCAAAUAUGACCUACUGGUGUGGUUUGAGAUUUGUGAACUGGCACCAAAUGGAGAAUAUGUACCCACAGUUGUGGACCACUCGGACGAUCUUCCUUGUGCUGGCACCUAUUUACUCCACCAAGGAAUACAGCGACGUAUUGCCAUUACCAUUGUCCAUGAAAAAGGUCCAGACCUGAUUUGGAGAGACAUCAAAGAACUUGUAGUUGGACGCAUCAGAAAUACGUUAGAUUAUCGGGAUGUUGACAGUGAGAACACUGUUCUCUCUUUGAGUCUCUUCCCUGCACACUAUGUACAGCAACCAAAUGAUGACAGAAUAUUCUUCAGAUUUGAAGCUGCCUGGGACAGCUCUCUUCAUAACUCUCCCCUCCUGAACAGGGUAACGCCAUAUGGUGAAAAGAUCUUCAUGACCCUGUCUGCAUAUUUGGAGGUGGAGAACUGUGCCCAGCCUGCCUACAUCACAAAAGACUUAUGUUUGGUUAUCCACGCCCGGGACGGAAAACUUACUGCUCCACGUUUCAGGUGGAGACAUUUCUUCCGAUUUUCCCUGCGUAAUUUGUUUAGCAGCGGAUACGCUCGCAAGGACACAAACAGGCUGAGCGGAGUGUAUGAAUUGUUUCUUCGCCGCUGCAAUAACUCUGGAAGCCCAGGUGUGCAAAGACGGCAACGUCGUGUCCUGGACACUUCCUCUACCUAUGUUCGUGGAGAAGAAAACCUGAAUGGCUGGAGACCCCGUGGUGACUCCCUCAUUAUUGAACACCAGUGGGAGCUGGAAAAACUCACCCGUCUGGAAAUGGUCGAGAAAGCUCGACACAUCCUCUUGCUACGCGAGAAGCUUGGUGAACAGAAUAAAACACAGGAGCUUAGCAAGCUGGAUAAAGACGCCUCCAAUAUGUACGCCAAAGAAAAAUCACAGCGUGCCAAGGAAGAAGAGCUGAAGGAGGAUGAAGAAAAAGACCUGCUGACUGAUGGCGCUGACAAGAAAUUAAAAUCAUCCUCAGUGGGAGGUGUAGUGCCCGGGGCACUAGACUUUCAGACUAAUGGCGACCCCAGCAAAGAACUUACAGCCAAGUGUCUCAGACUUAUAUUACAAGGCCGCUUACCCCUCAGCUCUCAAAACAAGCCCAAUCCAGUACUCAAUGAAAGCACGCUAAGCAGUAUCUCUGAUGAAGAUGAGACCGCAACCAUGGGCGGGGACAACGUGAUGCAGGCAAGCACCAGUAGCACUGGUCUCAACACGAGCGUACAUAGUAGCAAUAUGAACAGCAGCACCACAUCAGACAUCUUCAGUGUAUCAGUACCUACGGAAGCACAACAGGCUGGACAUUCAGACAAGUGGCCCAUUUCCCCAGACAUAAAGACACAGUCCAAAUCAUGUGAAAGCAUAUCCGCCAUGGCUGAGAAUUCAGAACGUAAAUUUUCCCUACCCUUAAAACCCAUAAAGCCAGAUGCCGACCGGCAAGUCUAUGUUCCAGACAUUGAAGAAGUGAGAGUCAGUCCUGUUGUAUCGAGGAAGGGGUACCUCAAUUUCUUGGAGGAGAAAACAAAUGGAUGGGUGAAGCGUUGGGUGGUUGUCCGUCGCCCAUACGUCUACAUCUAUAAUAAUGAGCGUGAUCCAGUUGAGAGGGGCUUAAUCAACCUUGCCACAGCACAGAUUGAAUAUAGUGAGGACCAGCAGGCCAUGCUCAAGACCCGCAAUACAUUCUCUGUUAUGACCAAGCACCGGGGAUUUUUCCUGCAAACACUUGAUGACAAAGACUUCCAUGAUUGGCUAUAUGCUAUUAACCCUCUUCUGGCUGGACAAAUCAGGUCCAAACUGUCACGAAGAAAACAGUCCGUGAAAAUAUGA